AGUUGCGAACGUUCAAAGAUGUGAACGUGCGCUCGCAUGUCCAAUCACGAUGUCCAGAAGCAAGCGUAAAAGCGACGAUGUAGCCGGUACUGCUAAGAAGCGUCAAGCAAUAACGAUGGAGACAAAAGUGAAAAUCAUUGAGAGAGUGGAACGAGGCGAAAAGAUGGUCGAUGUCGCUCGUUCUUAUAACAUGAAUCGUUCGACCAUCUGCACGAUUCUGAAGAACAAGGACAAGAUCAUGGAACACAUGAAGUCCGCCGUGCCAAUGUCGACGAUAAUUUCAAAGAAGCGCGGGAAAGUGAUGGAGGAGAUGGAGAAGCUUCUCAGCGUGUGGAUGCAGGACCAGCAUCAGCGUCGAGUCCCGCUCAGCUUGAUGCUGAUUCAAGAGAAAGCCAAAAGCCUUUAUGAAGACUUGAAGAAGAAGCACGGCGAAGAAUCAGAGGGCGCAUCUUUCAAUGCCAGCCAUGGCUGGUUUCAUCGGUUCAAGGCUAGAGCCAACCUCCACGUCAAAGUCAGUGGCGAGGCAGUGAGCGCAGACACAGUCGCUGCCCGGGAAUUUCCCGAAACGCUUCGCGAAAUCAUCGACGAAGGCAUGUAUUUACCCGAGCAGGUUUUCAAUGUGGACGAGACAGGACUGUACUGGAAGAGGAUGCCAGACCGAAGCUACAUCAGUAAGGAGGAAAAGCUGAUGCCAGGCUAUAAAGCGGCCAAGGACAGGCUAACUCUGUUGUUUGGUGGCAACGCUGCGGGUGAUAUGAAGCUGAAGCCUCUCUUAGUUUAUCAUUCGGAGAACCCAAGGGCCCUUAAAAACAUAGCCAAGGGCUCCCUUCCUGUGGUCUGGAAGAGUAACCCCAAAGCCUGGGUUACACAGGCCAUCUUCCAGGACUGGUUUUUCCACCACUUUAUCCCGGAGGUGGAAAAAUACUGCUUAGAGAAGGACGUGGCAUUCAACAUUCUCUUGCUGCUCGACGACGCCCCGGGCCACCCUCCCUCCAUGGAUGACUUCCAUCCCAACAUCCGAGUAGCACACCUGCCACCAAACACCACAUCACUCAUCCAACCCAUGGACCAGGGAGUUAUAGCAACGUUCAAGAAACAUUAUUUAUGUCACACUUUCCGACAGGCGGUAAAGGCAAGUGACGAGUCAGGAACAACCUUGCGGCAGUUCUGGAAGGACUAUAACAUCUACCAGGCCAUAAAAAACAUUGACUUCGCCUGGCGGGCGGUCACGGCCGUCACCAUGAACGGGGUUUGGAAGAACCUUUGCCCUCAGUUUGUUCACGACGCUCGUGGGUUCGAGAAGGUGGAUGCGGAGUCCAAAGAGGUCUUCAGCGACCUAGUGACCCUCGGCGAGAAGCUGCAGCUCCAUCUGCGAGAGGACGACUUCCUGGAGCUCCUGGCCGUGCAACACGAAGAGCUCACGAACGAAGACCUGAUGGCACUGGAGGCCCAGAGAAAGGACGAAGAGAGACAGGAGGGAGAAGCAGCAGGUGGAGAACCCGAUGAGACUCAUGGCCUGGGAGACGGCAAGGGGGCUUUCUGUAUUUGAGGGGGCACUGCUAGUGUCUGGGGCACAGGGCCUGAAGGCAGAAUGGUACUUGAAAGCUGCAGUCGCCGUUCAGAAUGCAGUCCCGUGCUACCGUGUCUGUGACGAGCAAAAAAGAGCUACUCUCCAGACAUCACUGAAUCGCUUUUUCAAGCAGGUAGAUCAAACUGGAUCCCGUGAGGAACCAGAACCUGCGCCGUCAACGUCAGGCGAAGUUGAGUGAGGUUGCGGCUCGCCUUCCAUCUUCUGUUGCCGACCAUCCUUCAGCUCUGCCAUCUCCCCCCCUUUCCCCUCCUCCGGUCAGUAACUGUUUUGCGGCUCGCUUGAUGCCAGUCCCCGGAUGCCGGCUGUUGUACUACUGUACUUUUCAAGGCACUGUACCGUCAGAUUAAAAAUGCUUGCUUUAUCUUU